AUGGAGAGCUUGAACAAGUAUUAUGGGUUUCCAAUGCUAGUACUAGCAUUACUAUUUCUUUCCAGGGCGGUACCGUCCUGUGCUGAUAUAUCAGCAACCAAACGUUUUCGAUUUAAUGUUGAGUGGAAGAAGGUGACUCGAUUGUGUCACACAAAGCAACUUUUAACAGUGAAUGGGAAGUAUCCAGGGCCAACCAUUACUGUUAAUGAAGGGGACAAUGUGGAGAUUAAGGUCACAAACACCAUUGCCAAGAACACUACCAUCCAUUGGCAUGGAAUUAGGCAAUACAGAACAGGAUGGGCAGAUGGACCAGCUUAUGUAACGCAGUGCCCCAUCAGAGGAGGGCAGUCUUAUACAUACAAAUUUUCAGUAGCAGACCAAAGAGGAACCUUGUUAUGGCAUGCCCAUUUUGCUUGGCAACGAGCUUCUGUCUAUGGCGCCUUCAUCAUCUACCCUCGCAUGCCUUAUCCUUUCAAAUCUCCAAUCCAAGCUGAAAUCCCCAUCAUCUUCGGUGAAUGGUGGAAUAGAGAUGUGGAUGCAGUAGAAGAUGGUAUGAAGACUGGAAGAGGCCCUGAUUCUUCCGAUGCUUAUACAAUAAAUGGUUUUCCAGGACCUCUUCAUACCUGCUCCGCAAAAGAUACUUUGAUCCAGACAGUGGAGCCUGGAAGAAGCUACAUGCUUCGAAUAAUCAAUGCAGCUCUUAACGAUGAACUCUUCUUUGCGGUAGCCAAACAUACAUUUACAGUUGUGGAGAUUGAUGCAGUUUAUACAAAACCCUUUACAACUCCGGCAAUAAUGAUAGCUCCUGGACAAACCACCACCGUUUUGCUUACUGCAAAUCAAGUUCCUGAUUCCUCAGGCUUGUUUGCAAUGGCUGCCAGGCCUUAUCUCACUUCUGUUUUCCCCUUCAAUAACUCCACAACAAUUGGUUUCUUAAGGUACAAGAACAAGGGCACUGGGAAAAUUAAAACCAACCUGAACACUUGGAAUCUUCAGCUUUACAAUCUUCCUGGUAUGGAAGAUACUCCUUUCGCCACAAAAUUUGCGAACAAUUUGCGGAGCCUUGCAUCUUCUCAAUACCCUUGUAAUGUGCCUAAAACAAUUGAUAAACGAGUUGUUGUAGCUAUAAGCUUAAACCUUCAAGAUUGUCCUGAAAAUGAAACCUGCACAGGGUACAAUGGAAAGAAGUUCUAUGCUUCGAUGAACAACCAAUCUUUCGUUCGUCCCUCCUUGUCGAUAUUGGAAUCCCAUUACAAGAAUCUGACGACAGGCGUUUUCACAUCAGACUUUCCAGAGAGGCCACCGAACUAUUUUGAUUUUACUGGUGUUAAUCCUGUAACCGAGAACAUGAACACAGAAUUCGGGACAAAACUUCUGGUGGUACCCUUUGGCACAAACAUAGAAAUUGUGUUACAGGAUACAGGUUUUCUCAAUGUGGAGAACCAUCCGAUUCAUGUUCAUGGACACAACUUCUUCAUUGUCGGGAGAGGAUUCGGAAAUUUCAACGAGGCCAAGGAUCCGAAGAAAUACAAUCUUGUUGAUCCUCCGGAGAGGAACACAGUGGCGGUGCCAAGUGGGGGAUGGGCUGCAAUUCGGAUAAAAGCCGAUAAUCCUGGAGUUUGGUUCAUUCAUUGCCACCUCGAAGAGCACACUUCAUGGGGACUCGCCAUGGCGUUUAUUGUUAAAAAUGGCCCUGGUCCUGAGCAAGGCUUGCUUCCUCCUCCUCAGAAUCUUCCUGCAUGUUAAGGAAUUAAUUAGCUAAAUUUAGGGGAUUUUAAACUAAGAUUUGCCAUAGAAUAGAAGAGAAUUGAGUGUGGAAGAUUUCUGAUUCUUGAGAAAUUUGCAGCUUGUAAACGCUUUCAAGUAAUUAUGUGAAU